GACACUCAGCAGACGGAGGCCACGAUCGACGCGCAAGAGGAGCAGGACCUGAUGAAAGAACUCGAGUCUCAGCUCUACGGCUGCGAGAUGGACAUCUCCUCCCAGGACGCCCAGCCGACCCAGUACGAUCUGCCACCUGCUGACUUGCAGACAGAAGGUACAAAGGAUGGCUUUGAUGCCACGUUGGAGCAUCUCAUGCGUGAGGUCGGGCUCGAGGAACGCGAGGAUGAUGCGAUCAGAAAAUCUCCAAAGCGAGAGCUUGAAAUUGAUUUUGCCAGGGUCGCCAAGGAACUGGAGGAUGAAACCAUGUUGGCCAAGGAACAUGAGGAAGCUGAGAAAGCCAGCAGAAUGGCGAAGGAAAGGGAGGAAACUGAGAAAGCAAGGUUGGCCAAGGAAAAGGAAGAAGCUGAGAAAGUAAGCAAAAUGAUCAAGCAAAUGGAGGAAGCUGAGAAAGGCAGGUUGGCCAAGGAAAGGGAGGAAGCCGAGAAAGCCAUCAGAAUGGCCAAGGAAAUGGAGCAAGCCAAGCUGGCCAAGGAAAGGGAGGAAACUGAGAAAGCCAGGAUGGCCAAGGAAAUGGAGGAAGCCAAGCUGGCCAAGGAAAGGGAGGAAGCUGAGAAAGCCAAGGAAAGGGAGGAAGCCGAGAAAGCCAUCAGAAUGGCGAAGGAAAUGGAGGAAGCCAAGCUGGCCAAGGAAAGGGAGGAAACUGAGAAAGCCAGGAUGGCCAAGGAAAUGGAGGAAGCCAAGCUGGCCAAGGAAAGGGAGGAAGCUGAGAAAGCCAGGAUGGCCAAGGAAAGGGAGGAAGCUGAGAAUGCCAGGUUGGCCAAGGAAAGGGAACAGUUCAGGCUGGCAAGAUUGGCCAAGGACAAGGAGGAGGCCGAACAUAUGAGAUCGGCCAAGGACAAGGCCAAGGAAAAGGAAGUCGACAUGGCAACACAGGCGGCAAAAAAAUACCAGGCUUUGCCAAUGAACGCGACAAAGUUGCAAAAGCUACAGCUCUUGCAGGACAUUAUGGCUACUGGGGAUGAGGGUUGCAAGCAGUUCUGCAAGGAUGAGCUUGCAAAACUGAUCAAGCCGAAGGCAGCAACGCCAGCUCCGGCCCCUACCAGUGAUGCCGAUCCUCCGGCUCCUACCACAACGGGUGCCGAUCCUCCGGCCCCUACCACCAGGGGUGCCGAUCCUCCGGCCGCUACCACCAGGGGUGCCGAUCCUCCGGCCCCUACCACCAGGGGUGCCGUUCCUCCGGCCCCUAAUGCCCCGACCUUUGAUGAUGUCAGUGCGAAGAUGGGUUGGUCAAGUCCUGCAACCCCACGCAUGGUGGAGGCACCUGGUACGCCAUCUCCUGCAACGCCUGGCAGUGCAAUCACAACGCCUGGCAGUGCAAAAACAACGCCUGGCAGUGCAAGCGACGGCUUGGUCCAAGGUUCUGCGCCACUCUACAACCGAAAGAACGCCGCCAUGUUCUUGAAUCGCCUGAAAGGCAACCCAAAGAGGAUGCAAGCCUUGCCUGAUGACUUGGCAAAGUUGGUGCGGGACGAAGAUUCAAAGAGCAAAGCCAUCGACUUGAUCGUCGCUGCAGGAGGAGACGAAAAUGAGCUGGUCGGGCAGUGGACUGCAUCGUCCAUUUCUGUGGGGACGGACAAGGAAAAGGGAAAGAUGAAACCUUUGACGGAACAGGAAUUGAUCGGCAAGUACGGUGCGGUCAAUGCUGCGAAGGUGAUGGAGGAAAAAAGGAAGGCUGGUUUGGAGGUUGAUGAUCCCAAUUGUAAAGGGCUCAAGCUUUACUUGCACAACGAGUGGCAGAGGGAAUGGACGAGAGGCACAGAAGAACGAAGCAGUUUCACUGCUUCCGGAGAAGUUCGUGCGGGUGACGCUGCCAACGUUGCACAAAUUCUCAGUGUGCCCCGGCGGGCGCUGACAGGGCCCGGCCAGGAUGAUGAGGACAAUGUGGACAUGGAGGAGGACCCAAAGCCACUUCCGAACAAAAAACCAAAGAAAGCCAGGAAAAAUGAAGCCAGCGGCAAAGAGAAAGACGAAGACGGUGAAACUGAGCCGGAAGCACCACGAGUGGAGAAACUUACACCGCUGGACAAGGCGGCAGACUUAAGGGGGCGGGCCCUCUCGAAGGCCAACCACGCUGGCUCGAUGCGGAAGCAGUUGAAAGGAGUCAGCUAUGCGACUGAAUGCCUCAAGGAGAUGACCAACUUCGAGCAGGAGUUCCAGGCGAUCUACGACCAGGUGGACAAGCUCAUCUCUGAGCUGGUCCACGAUGAUGGGGUCUAUCUUCCCAUUGCUACCAGAUAUCUCGAUAUCGCGAAGCGUUAUGAGAGGCCCAGCAAGGUAGCAAACAGCUUGAUCCGAGCUGCGAAGGCGACUCCGAAGGAUCCAACCGCGCCCAAAGGAUCGGCUAAAGCCAAGUCCAAGAAGCGCAAAGCCGCGGAGGGAGCCUAG